GUAUGCAGUGAUGUAGGUGGUAGCGACACAGUUUGUAGGAGUAGUGGGGUUGGUGAGAAGGUAUGCAGUGAUGCAGGUAACAUCGGGACAGUUUGUAGGAGUAGUGGGGUUGGUGAGAAGGUAUGCAGUGAUGUAGGUGGUAGUGAGACCGUUUGUAAGAGUAUAAGGGUUGGUGAGAAGGUAUGCAGUGAUGUAGGUGGUAGUGAGACAGUUUGUAGAAGUAGUUGGGUUGGUGAAAAGGUAUGCAGUGAUGCAGGUAACAGCGAGACAGAUUGUAGAAGUGGGGUUGGUGAGAAGGUAUGCAGGGAUGUAGGUGGUAGUGAGACAGUUUGUAGAAGCAGUUGGGGUGCUGAAAAGGUAUGCAGUGAUGCAGGUGGUAGUGAGACAGUUUGUAAAAGUAGUGGGGUUGGUGAGAAGGUAUGCAAUGAUGCAAGUAACAGCGAGACAGAUUGUAAGAGUAGUGGGGUUGGUUGGAAGGUAUGGAGCGAUGUAGGUGGUAGUGAGGCAGUUUGUAAAAGUAGUGGGGUUGGUGAGAAGGUAUGCAGUGAUGCAGGUAACAGCGAGACAGUUUGUAGGAGUAGUGGGGUUGGUGAGAAGGUAUGCAGUGAUGAAGGUGGUAGUAAGACAGUUUGUAAGAGCAAUGGGUUUGGUGAGAAGGUAUGCAGUGAUGUAGGUGGUAGCGACACAGUUUGUAGGAGUAGUGGGGUUGGUGAGAAGGUAUGCAGUGAUGCAGGUAACAUCGGGACAGUUUGUAGGAGUAGUGGGGUUGGUGAGAAGGUAUGCAGUGAUGUAGGUGGUAGUGAGACAGUUUGUAAGAGUAUUGGGGUUGGUGAGAAGGUAUGCAGUGAUGUAGGUGGUAGUGAGACAGUUUGUAGAAGUAGUUGGGUUGGUGAAAAGGUAUGCAGUGAUGCAGGUAACAGCGAGACAGAUUGUAGAAGUGGGGUUGGUGAGAAGGUAUGCAGGGAUGUAGGUGGUAGUGAGACAGUUUGUAGAAGCAGUUGGGGUGCUGAAAAGGUAUGCAGUGAUGCAGGUGGUAGUGAGACAGUUUGUAAAAGUAGUGGGGUUGGUGAGAAGGUAUGCAAUGAUGCAAGUAACAGCGAGACAGAUUGUAAGAGUAGUGGGGUUGGUUGGAAGGUAUGGAGCGAUGUAGGUGGUAGUGAGGCAGUUUGUAAAAGUAGUGGGGUUGGUGAGAAGGUAUGCAGUGAUGCAGGUAACAGCGAGACAGUUUGUAGGAGUAGUGGGGUUGGUGAGAAGGUAUGCAGGGAUGUAGGUGGUAGUGAGACAGUUUGUAGAAGCAGUUGGGGUGCUGAAAAGGUAUGCAAUGAUGCAAGUAACAGCGAGACAGAUUGUAAGAGUAGUGGGGUUGGUUGGAAGGUAUGGAGCGAUGUAGGUGGUAGUGAGGCAGUUUGUAAAAGUAGUGGGGUUGGUGAGAAGGUAUGCAGUGAUGCAGGUAACAGCGAGACAGUUUGUAGGAGUAGUGGGGUAGGUGAGAAGGUAUGCAGUGAUGAAGGUGGUAGUAAGACAGUUUGUAAGAGCAAUGGGUUUGGUGAGAAGGUAUGCAGUGAUGUAGGUGGUAGCGACACAGUUUGUAGGAGUAGUGGGGUUGGUGAGAAGGUAUGCAGUGAUGCAGGUAACAUCGGGACAGUUUGUAGGAGUAGUGGGGUUGGUGAGAAGGUAUGCAGUGAUGUAGGUGGUAGUGAGACAGUUUGUAAGAGUAUUAGGGUUGGUGAGAAGGUAUGCAGUGAUGUAGGUGGUAGUGAGACAGUUUGUAGAAGUAGUUGGGUUGGUGAAAAGGUAUGCAGUGAUGCAGGUAACAGCGAGACAGAUUGUAGAAGUGGGGUUGGUGAGAAGGUAUGCAGGGAUGUAGGUGGUAGUGAGACAGUUUGUAGAAGCAGUUGGGGUGCUGAAAAGGUAUGCAGUGAUGCAGGUGGUAGUGAGACAGUUUGUAAAAGUAGUGGGGUUGGUGAGAAGGUAUGCAAUGAUGCAAGUAACAGCGAGACAGAUUGUAAGAGUAGUGGGGUUGGUUGGAAGGUAUGGAGCGAUGUAGGUGGUAGUGAGGCAGUUUGUAAAAGUAGUGGGGUUGGUGAGAAGGUAUGCAGUGAUGCAGGUAACAGCGAGACAGUUUGUAGGAGUAGUGGGGUUGGUGAGAAGGUAUGCAGGGAUGUAGGUGGUAGUGAGACAGUUUGUAGAAGCAGUUGGGGUGCUGAAAAGGUAUGCAGUGAUGCAGGUGGUAGUGAGACAGUUUGUAAAAGUAGUGGGGUUGGUGAGAAGGUAUGCAAUGAUGCAAGUAACAGCGAGACAGAUUGUAAGAGUAGUGGGGUUGGUUGGAAGGUAUGGAGCGAUGUAGGUGGUAGUGAGGCAGUUUGUAAAAGUAGUGGGGUUGGUGAGAAGGUAUGCAGUGAUGCAGGUAACAGCGAGACAGUUUGUAGGAGUAGUGGGGUAGGUGAGAAGGUAUGCAGUGAUGAAGGUGGUAGUAAGACAGUUUGUAAGAGCAAUGGGUUUGGUGAGAAGGUAUGCAGUGAUGUAGGUGGUAGCGACACAGUUUGUAGGAGUAGUGGGGUUGGUGAGAAGGUAUGCAGUGAUGCAGGUAACAGCGGGACAGUUUGUAGGAGUAGUGGGGUUGGUGAGAAGGUAUGCAGUGAUGUAGGUGGUAGUGAGACAGUUUGUAAGAGUAUUAGGGUUGGUGAGAAGGUAUGCAGUGAUGUAGGUGGUAGUGAGACAGUUUGUAGAAGUAGUUGGGUUGGUGAAAAGGUAUGCAGUGAUGCAGGUAACAGCGAGACAGAUUGUAGAAGUGGGGUUGGUGAGAAGGUAUGCAGGGAUGUAGGUGGUAGUGAGACAGUUUGUAGAAGCAGUUGGGGUGCUGAAAAGGUAUGCAGUGGUGCAGGUGGUAGUGAGACAGUUUGUAAAAGUAGUGGGGUUGGUGAGAAGGUAUGCAAUGAUGCAAGUAACAGCGAGACAGAUUGUAAGAGUAGUGGGGUUGGUUGGAAGGUAUGGAGCGAUGUAGGUGGUAGUGAGGCAGUUUGUAAAAGUAGUGGGGUUGGUGAGAAGGUAUGCAGUGAUGCAGGUAACAGCGAGACAGUUUGUAGGAGUAGUGGGGUUGGUGAGAAGGUAUGCAGUGAUGAAGGUGGUAGUAAGACAGUUUGUAAGAGCAAUGGGUUUGGUGAGAAGGUAUGCAGUGAUGUAGGUGGUAGUUAG